AUGGCUCCAGCUAUCGCUCAUGAGACCCCUGCUGUUCAUCCCACGCGAAAUCCGACUCUAUUGACCUGGCCUGAACUUGGGCGGUCUAUGCCUGCAACCUCAAGACUUCAGUUUACGGCCAUUCCUCUUCACCCUCCAUCCUACGCAGUACCCGAAACCAUGCAGCCCACCACGCCCACGCCGGCCAUGUCCACAUCCGCUCCUCGUCAAAGACUUUACGCCGCCAAGUCAGUCUACACGAAAGGCCCAUCUCGUAAGUCCGCUGCCGAACCUCCAAAGCCUGUCGUCCACACCUUCACUGGGAUCUAG